GCGCCCGCGCCCGGCCCGCGCGGCCCCAUGCCUCUGGCGCGGCCCUCGGGGGGGCGAAGGUGAAGACCGGCUCCUAGGAUGAGUGAAGGGGCGGCCGCUGCCUCGCCACCUGGUGCCGCUUCGGCAGCCGCCGCCUCGGCCGAGGAGGGCACCGCGGCGGCUGCGGCGGCGGCGGCGGCGGGCGGGGGCCCGGACGGCGGCGGCGAAGGGGCGGCCGAGCCCCCCCGGGAGUUACGCUGUAGCGACUGCAUCGUGUGGAACCGGCAGCAGACGUGGCUGUGCGUGGUGCCUCUCUUCAUCGGCUUCAUCGGCUUGGGGCUCAGCCUCAUGCUCCUCAAAUGGAUCGUGGUGGGCUCCGUCAAGGAGUACGUGCCCACCGACCUGGUGGACUCCAAGGGGAUGGGCCAGGACCCCUUCUUCCUCUCCAAGCCCAGCUCUUUCCCCAAGGCCAUGGAGACCACCACCACAACCACUUCAACCACGUCCCCCGCCACCCCCUCCGCCGGCGGCGCCGCCUCCUCCAGGACGCCCAACCGGAUUAGUACCCGCCUGACCACCAUCACGCGGGCACCCACUCGCUUUCCUGGGCACCGAGUGCCUAUCCGGGCCAGCCCGCGCUCCACCACAGCACGGAACACUGCGGUCCCCCCGACGGUCCUGUCCACCACGGCCCCUUUCUUCAGUAGCAGCACGCCUGGCUCCCGACCCCCAGUGCCAGGAACCCCCAGUACCCAGGCGAUGCCCUCCUGGCCCACUGCGGCAUAUGCUACCUCCUCCUACCUUCAUGAUUCUACACCCUCCUGGACCCUGUCUCCCUUUCAGGAUGCUGCCGCCUCUUCUUCCUCCUCUUCCUCCUCCUCCUCCUCCACCACCACUACACCAGAAACUAUCACCAGCCCCAAAUUUCAUACAACGACAUAUUCCACUGAGAGAUCCGAGCACUUCAAACCCUGCCGAGACAAGGACCUGGCAUACUGUCUCAACGAUGGCGAGUGCUUUGUGAUCGAAACCCUGACAGGAUCCCAUAAGCACUGUCGGUGCAAAGAAGGCUACCAAGGAGUUCGUUGUGAUCAAUUUCUGCCGAAAACUGACUCCAUCUUAUCGGAUCCAAACCACUUGGGGAUAGAAUUCAUGGAGAGUGAAGAAGUUUAUCAAAGGCAGGUGCUGUCAAUUUCAUGUAUCAUCUUUGGAAUUGUCAUCGUGGGCAUGUUCUGUGCAGCAUUCUACUUCAAAAGCAAGAAACAAGCUAAACAAAUCCAAGAGCAGCUGAAAGAGUCACAAAAUGGUAAAAACUACAGUCUCAAAGCAUCCAGCACAAUGGCAAAGUCAGAGAGCUUGGUGAAAAGCCACGUCCAGUUGCAAAAUUAUUCAAAGGCGGAAAGGCAUCCUGUGACUGCACUGGAGAAAAUGAUGGAGUCAAGUUUUGGUGGCCCCCAGUCAUUCCCUGAGGUACCUUCUCCUGACAGAGGAAGCCAAUCUGUCAAACACCACAGGAGUCUCUCCUCUUGCUGUAGCCCAGGGCAAAGGAGUGGGAUGCUCCAUAGGAAUGCCUUCAGGAGGACACCCCCCUCACCUCGAAGUAGGCUGGGCGGAAUUGUGGGACCAGCAUAUCAGCAACUCGAAGAAUCAAGGAUCCCAGACCAGGAUACAAUACCUUGCCAAGGGAUAGAGGUCAGGAAGACUAUACCCCACCUGCCUAUACAGCUGUGGUGUGUUGAAAGACCCCUGGACUUAAAGUAUUCAUCCAAUGGUUUAAAAAUCCAACAAAAUGCAUCUAUAAAUAUGCAACUGCCUUCAAGAGAAACAAACCCCUAUUUUAAUAGCUUGGAUCAAAAGGACCUGGUGGGAUAUUCAUCCACAAGGGCCAGUUCUGUGCCCAUCAUCCCUUCAGUGGGUCUAGAAGAAACCUGCAUGCAAAUGCCAGGGAUUUCUGAAGUCAAAAGCAUCAAAUGGUGCAAAAACUCUUACUCUGCUGACAUUGUCAACGUGAGUAUUCCAGUCAGCGAUUGUCUUUUAGCAGAACAACAAGAAGUGAAAAUAUUGCUAGAGACUGUCCAGGAGCAAAUCCGAAUUCUGACUGAUGCCAGACGGUCAGAAGACUACGAACUGGCCAGCGUAGAGACCGAGGACAGUGCAAGUGAAAACACAGCCUUUCUCCCCCUGAGUCCCACGGCCAAAUCAGAACGCGAGGCACAAUUUGUCUUAAGAAAUGAAACACAAAGAGACUCCGCAUUGACCAAGUGACUCGAGAUGUAGGAAUCUGUGCAUUCUAUGCUUUGCUCAACAGGAAAGAGAGGAAAUUAAAUACAAAUUAUUUAUAUGCAUUAAUUUAAGAGCAUCUACUUAGAAGAAACCAAAUAGUCUAUCGCCCUCAUAUCAUAGUGUUUUUUAACAAAAUAUUUUUUUAAAGGGAAAGAAAUGUUUCAGGAGGGAUAAAGCUUACCACUAAAGCUUUUGGGUAGAAUUCCGAAUCCAAUUUCAGUUAGUCCUAACACUGUCCUCUUUGACUUUUAGAAAAUGUGGGCAAUUCAGACCCUCAGUCCACAGUGCUAGUGUCCUCGAGAAAAAACACUGGCAGUUAACCUGGUUUCAAAGAGAGGAGUUGUAUCCUGAGGGUGGAUGUGCCUGUGAGCAGUUGGCCCUUGCCAUUUGGCUUGCCAAUUCCAACCCCUAAAUUUCCAUUCACGGAUCACCCUCAUCACAGGUUAUGUCACAUCAAGCAACGUAGUGUUUUGUAUUUGAUUUGUUGAAGAAUGGCACAAAGACUGAAAGGGAAAGGAAGAGAGGUGAUAGAGGGAGUAAUUGGGGCAAUCUUAGCUACUCUCAUGUGCCAUCCUCCUCUGAAAUUUGAAAGCACAGAAUCUCAGAAGGAGGUAUGAAAUUAUUAUAGAAAAAGAGACAAAAAAACAAGUCACAAUGUCGUGUCACUGAAAUCAUGCUAAUAGAAAUGUUUUUCUUGGAGAUUGUUUAGAAGCUCUGAAAGAGCAUUUCUCAGUGUGUGUGUGUGCGCGCCUGUGUGCACGUGUGUGAGCGAGCGUGCAAGGUGUGGGCUUGGGCUUGCUCCCUCCAGCACAUAUGCUGUGUGCACAUGUGUUCAUUGUGCGUAUGUGCGUGCAUGUGUGUGUGUGUAUUAAGCUUGCUAAAAAUUUGUUCUGAAACAUCAGGGAAUCUAAUAUUCAGAAAAAAAUUUCCCUCCUAGAUCUGUUCACUUGAAAUUUAUCCAUUAAAUAUAAAAUUCAGUUAGUGAGUUCUUAAAGUCACUUGCAUGGUGGGGUCCUAUAAACUCUUGACAAUGUUUAGACCAUUUUCUGAUGUGAAUACUUUUGAAAGGAGUAACUAUUGGCUUAUUGAUGAUAUCAGUAUCACAAAGUGAUUAAUGGAGGAUGUGUGUUUAUUUUGAAUCAUACCUAAAUUAUUUACACAAGCCAGCUAUCAAAUUGACAGCUACCAUUUUCGUUCUCUUCAUCCUCAUUGCUAUUGAUUUUAUAGCAAGUCUACUAUCUGUGGACCAAGUCGUUGGUUUCAGUGGUUAAUAUGGAAAGAAUAAAUCGCUGAAAUUACAAAGCCCAGACUAUUCAGUUCACAAGAAGCCCCCAAAAUAACAGGAAAUUGUGUUGUAUGUUUAUUUGGAAUAAAGCAAUAUUUUUACCACUGCUAAGGUGAACUGAAACCUCUCCUGAAGAUUUGUCUGCUUUAUUUUCCCUUACUUUCAUGGGGCAUUCAAGGAAAUUAGUGUUCACAUACCCAGUCUUUUUCCAAUUAUUGGUGGUGUUGAGUUGUUAUGUUUACACUGUUUUAAAUAAAAAGGCACAGUAUUUGAAAGUAUAUAAAAGAUUUCUUUUACUGCAGUCUGGGAAAACCUUGGUUAAAAUUUCUUUGUGGAAGACUCACAUUCCAUGGAAAGGCAAAUGUAACUACCUGUGAAUCGAUUAGUGAAAACAUACAAUACGUGUCUCAGGUUAAGUUGUUUCUGUUGAAAAUACAUUGCACAUUGCUCUUUGUGAACAUUUGUUAAUAAUAGACAUAAAGCCAUCUUGGCAAAAGAAAGAACACUAUGUUUAUUACCAAAACUGCUUAAUAGAAAGUCAAGGUCUCAAAUGUUGAAAACACUUUGGUAGAAAUACACAUUAACAGAAGGUGAUGUGGCUUUUAUUAGUUGCCCCAUUAAAGUUUUGUUGUUUGGAAAAUAGAGGAAUUAUCAGAAUUUUUCAAAAUCAUUUAAGUUCUUAUUUAAAAAUUCUUUGGGAAAAUUUUAGAAAGAUGGUCUUAAUAGGUAUAUAAAAGCCCCAUAAAGUUGAGUAUCCAACAUGAUAUUGUGUUGAAAUUUAUCACAAUUAUCAAAUGGACUGGAAGGCCUCACAAGUUUGAUGAUUAAACUUGUUUUUGGUUUUUUGUUUUUUUCCUCCUAAAAUAUUCUCUGUCCUUUAUCUAAAGGAUCCAUUCAGAAUUCACCUAAUCAGUAGGUUAUGUACUCUGAUUCACUGAAGUUAUUGUUUACACUGGAAAAACAAUAUUGUCAAUGAGACUUAAGUCUUGAUCCAAUACCUUAUUUUAAAAAAAUUAAGUAGAAACAUACUAUGUGAUUAUAUUAUAACCCACAUCCUUGUGCAUUCUAAGGAGCAUGAAUAUCAGGCAGUCCAUUGGCAGUAUGAUGUGAAGUUUAGAGGUACAGUAACUGCCUACAAUAGUCUCAACAAAAUCUUCCACAAACGACAAAUGUUAAUGGUUACUUCCAGUUUUCAUUUGUCUCCUUUUAGACUAUGAAGCUCCUGUACAAAGUGUUCACGCUUAAAAAUGCACAUCUUUCAGAAUCAGUUGACAAGUGCCGAUAACAUCAGACUUUGAGGGCUAGUUUAAUGUGGAAUAAUCCUGGAGCCAUGAGUACUUUGUCCCUUCAAGCUCAUGUGCCUACAGAGAAGUGCUUAUUUCUACAAGACACUUGAUUUUGCUUCAUUUUUCCUUGCCUUUAUUAUGUGAAUAGAUGCUUGCAAAUUUGUAAUUAAAUAGGCUGUAUAUUCAUAGUUGGUCAAUGUCACCAUUUUUUACUUUGAACCAUUUUCCGAUCUUUUUUUAUAACGCAUAUGUUACUCUAAAUUGCCAGUGACUAUUGUAGAAUGCUGUAGUUCAAAAUAUGACCAAUUUUGUGCUAAUAAGAAAUAGUAGAAAUGAUGCUGGAGAAUUAUGAAAUUUUCUUCCCAAUUAUUUAUAAAUAGUCCAUAGUUCACACUCUGGCCCAAUAUCUAUCUUGCUAUGGGUUAAAAACUAAAUACUUGUAAAUUUACCACAUCUCCAAUGAUUUACAUUAUUUCUAAGUAGCAAUAGCAAGGAUUUCUGGAACAGGAAGAGUGCUGCCUAUAUAGGAAUUCAAAAUUAAUCAGUUUUGAUCAUGACAACAUAUCCGAUCUACCAAAAAGAGAAUGGAAGGGCAAGACUUCAAAAUGCCCGUUGGCUUCUGGAAUGAAUGGCAGCUACGACUUGACUGGGGCUGCUGGAGAGCAUGGGUAAGGCUUCCAAUAACCAGGUCUCCACCAGAAUGUGUUCAA